UCUUUUUUACAAAUGGUUUUACUUGUGUUAUGCACACCUGAAAUAAACAGUCAACAUUGAGAUCGAGCCUAUCUAUCUUAGUCAGUUAAAUCUUGUCAAUUAUUAAAUCUCGAUCUAGUGUUAAGCUACCACAAUACUUGAAUUAAGUUGAAUUAAAUUUGAGUCCUAGCCGACCUAGCCCUACUCUACUAGUAUUAGACUAGCCACUAGAGUAGAGUCUAGACUGAACUUCACUGAAGAUUCUCUACUCUAGUCUCUACUCACUACUACUACUGACUCUCUAGUCUAGUCUAGACGACUCACUCGACUCAAGUAUCUCAAGUCUAGACUUAACUUAUGACUAGAUUCUAGAUUCAUUCUGAUUCUCUAAAACUAGGAUCUAGAUUCUACUAUACUAUAGUUAACUAUAGUAUAUAUUAUAAUUAUUAUAUAUUCUAGAUAUAGACUAUAUCUUUAGAAGUUUAGGUCAAAGUUUAAAAAACAAUAAGAUCUAGACUCUCUAGAUCUGCAUUAUUUGUGGUCAAAUAUAAUUAUAUAUCAAAUUUCUGAAAAUGGGAGAUGAUGUUCAGUUGUCAUGUGGGCCUGGCUCUCCCAGGAAACACACCUUGGAAUUAGAUACAACUACAGAAAUUAAUACUAAGAAAUUGAAAGUUGAAUAUGAAAAUGAUUCUGAUUGUAAAGAUCGCAGUGAUGACAGUGAUGAUGGACAAAGAGAAGAUGAAGCAAUGCCAGAAACAGAUCAAUCUAUAAAUUCUAGUGAUGCAGUUCCAAAAUUAGAUCCACUAAGCUACACCAAGACUAAUGAGUUCACAUCUGAAAUCUUCAAAAUUCAAAUUUACAACCUACCAACGUUUGGUUUCUCAGACCUGAAAAAAAGGCUCAAGUCUACACUUGGUCUGAAUCCACACAAGAUCAAACAUAUCUCUAACACCUUGGUUACCUAUGUUUGUUUUAGAAAUGAAGCUGACAGAGACAAAGCACUGCGUAGAGUCAAUGGACAUAGAUGGAAAGGGAAAGUUUUGGAAGCCAAGAUUGCAGCUCCUAUGGCAGAUCCAUAUUUACAGAAACGUUUACAGGCACAAGAGGCCAAAAGCUCACAGCAGACAGACUCGGCGCCAAGCAUUGAAAGUCUCACACCAGAGGAAGCCGAAGCUCGACUCAAAGCCAACAUUUGUCCAUUGUGGAAUACUGAUUAUUCUCAACAGUUGCAGAUCAAAGUGGAGAAAAUGAAGACAGUUUUGGAAGGCAUUUCAAAGCAUGAUUUUAUAAAGCACCUGUUUGAAGACAGAUCAAAGAAAAAGGGCAUGUGUGAGUUGCUUCCCAUAAUUCCUUCACCUGUCAUUACAGAAUACCGUAAUAAAAAUGAGUUCAGCAUUGGGUUUGGACUGGAUGGAAAAACCAAAAUGGUGGGCUUCAGAUAUGGCCUUUACAAAGAUGGAUGUACAGCUAUUGGUGACUGCACUAACCUGGGUAUAGCUAUGCCUGCAGCAAUUCCAGUUGUUAAGAGCUUUACAGAGUUCAUUAGAAAAUCUAAAUGGGAGCCGUAUGUUCAACAUUCAGGCACUGGGCACUGGCAUACACUGACUGUUCGGACUUAUCUCACCGGAGAUGUCAUGGCCAUGGUAGACUUUCAACCACGUUCACUGAAUGAGGAGGAAAUCGAAGCAGCUCAGUAUUCUCUGAAAGAGUUUUACACUCAAGGUGAAGGUCGGGAUGUUAGCAUCACAUCUUUGUACUUCAGAGUCCUAGGAGGGAAAGGUAUAAGAGAUCAAACAAAAUUACAGCACUUAUGUGGACAAACACAUGUGCAUGAGUCUUUGAUGCAACUCAAGUUUCGUAUUUCUGCAGAGGCUUUUUUUCAAGUCAAUACACCUGCCACAGAAAAACUCUACGAGUUGAUAGCUGAAUGGGCUAAUGUGUCUCCGUCAACCACAGUCCUAGACAUUUGUUGUGGGACUGGCACGAUUGGUCUUUCACUGGCCAAUAAAGUAAUGUCUGUGAUUGGUAUAGAAAUGUCCUAUCCAGCAAUUCAAGAUGCCAAAGCCAAUGCUAGAAUAAAUGGUAUCACCAACGCUGUAUUUCAUUGUGCUAAAGUGGAAGACAUAAUAAACAAAACGGUUAAUUCACUGUCGUCACCUCAAUAUCAGGAUGUUGUGGCUAUAGUUGAUCCGCCUCGGGCUGGUUUACACAAAGACGUCAUCAAAUGUUUAAGAAGAUGUGAAGCCAUCCAAUAUUUGAUUUAUGUUUCUUGCAAUCCUGCCAGUGCCAAGAACAAUUUUGUUGACCUCUUACGCCCAGAAACUGGAAGGCACAAGGGUCUCCCAUUUAUCAUGGAUAAGGUCAGACCUGUGGACCUCUUCCCAGGAACUAAACACUGUGAACUUGUGGUUCUCUUUAAGCGUGAGGAGACCACUGCUAGCACUAAUAAUCCUGAAGUCAUGGCUAGAGAAGAUACUGCCACUGGUUCCACCCAAGGUGUGCCAGAAGAAGAUACUGCCACUGGUUCCACCCAAGGUGUGCCAGAAGAAGAUACUGCCACUGGUUCCACCCAAGGUGUGCCCGAAUCUGCAGCUGUCCUUCCUGGGGAACCGAACCUAAGUUUAUAAGAACUAUUCCAGUCACAGAAAAAUGUUUUAAAUUUGUUUCUUAAGUUAACAUUUAAUUUCUAAAAAUAAAGUGUAUACAAAUCCUUUGA